AUGAGCUCAAAUCUGAGAUUACAGCCUCGAAGAGAGUAUCACAUCGUGGUUCUUGGAGCUGGUGGAGUUGGAAAGAGUUGCUUAACUGCCCAAUUCGUCCAAAAUGUCUGGAUUGAAAGUUACGACCCGACUAUUGAAGACUCGUAUCGCAAGCUGAUUGAAGUGGAUGGGCGACAAUGUAUUCUGGAGAUAUUAGAUACUGCCGGGACUGAACAAUUCACUGCUAUGAGGGAACUCUACAUGAAGCAAGGCCAAGGCUUCCUCCUCGUCUUCUCAAUAACAUCCGCGUCUUCCCUCUCCGAACUAGCAGAACUCCGCGAACAAAUCAUCCGGAUAAAAGACGACGACAACGUCCCCAUUGUCAUCGUCGGUAACAAGUCAGAUCUCGAAGAAGACCGUGCCGUCUCGCGAUCGCGCGCCUUCGCCCUCUCCCAACAAUGGGGAAACUCUCCUUACUACGAAACCUCCGCCCGCCGCCGCGCAAACGUCAACGAAGUCUUUAUUGACCUGUGCAGACAGAUUAUCCGGAAAGACAUACAGGCAAGCCAGCAGCGGAGCAUGGAGCUGGCGAUGAAUGGGAGGGUUGGUGGUGGUGGGGUCGGUGUCGGGGGUGGCGGCAUUGGUGGUAGUUCUGCUGGGGGUGGUGGUACUGGGCGUGGGGCGGAAGGGCACAGUCGACAGAGCGGAGUCCGCUUACGGAAUCGGAGGAGAGCAAAAGUGAAAGGGGAUUGUGUGAUCUUGUGAAUUCUUUCUUUCCUUCUGCCCUACGGUUCGGCUUUUCCUCCCCCACCUUCUUCUGUGUUUAUUUGGUUUUCUCUUUCUUUUUUAUAUACAUGAUAUAUGGCCUUUCUAUUCUAUACUUCCUCCUUUUUCCCGGGGCUUUUUUGUUCUUGUUUUUAUCUAUUUCUGAUGUUUCUUCUACCCUUUGCCUUUAUUCUCUGUUUAGUCGUCCCACUCCGACAUAUUUUCGCACAGAGAUUUUUGCUCCCACUAUUCUCCUCAUCUUUAUCCGUUUUUCAUGAUUUCAUUUCAUUUCAUUUCACUUCAUUAUAAGAAUCUUUUUCUAUUUCUAUUCAUGGUUUAUUUUCACUAUCCGUUUUAGAAUAACUCUUACCUGUAUAUUGCUUGAUACUUAGAGUUGCCCAUUCCGAGAUUUAUCCUAUUGUCGUCCAUUUUUUCCCUUUUUCUUUUCUUUUCUUUUCUUUUUUUUUUUUCGUUUCGUGUCUAACCCUUGCUUCUUUUGCCUUAACUUUCCCCUUUUCUCAUUUAACGCUGUCAACAUACCAUCCGAAA